AUGAGGCUAGAGCGAGGGCGGCGGGCUUCUCUGGCGAUCACCCUCAACUUUGUUGCGUUUGCUUUUGCAUUGUCUGCUGUGACCACUAGCUACUGGUGCGAGGGGACCCGGAAGGUGGCCAAACCCUUCUGCACUGGCCCCCCAAAAGCCAAGCAGUGGUUCUGCAUCCGAUUCAACAGCACCAACAUCAAUGACAGCCGCCUGGUGCAGUACAUCUUCGAGACCGGAGAGGAGAAGUUCCUCAUGAGGAAGUUCCACACAGGAAUAUUUUUCUCCUGUGAGCAGGCUGCCGACAUGAACGGAUUUGACUGCAGAGACUUCUCAGAGAUUGCACCAGAACAUGAAAGAGGAGUGCUGUGGUUGUGUAUCGUGGCCGAGAGUCUGUACCUCACGCUGCUCUUUGCUGGGGGGGCUCUGAUGACCCUAGAACAGUGCCCCUGCUUCAGCAUCAUGAACAAGCUGAAGCUCAGUGCCUUCGCUGCCCUAUGCACCGCCCUGUCAGGACUUUGUGGGAUGGUGGCCCACAUGAUGUUUACCACCAUUUUCCAGCUGGCGGUGGCGAUGGGGCCAGAAGACUGGAGGCCAAAGACCUGGGACUACAGCUGGUCUUAUGUUUUAGCAUGGGGCUCUUUCGGCACCUGCAUGGGCUCCGCAGUGACGGCCCUCAAUAGAUAUACAAAGACCAUCGUAGAGUUCAAAUACAAGCGGCGGAACAUCGAGAAGAGCCUGAUAAUAAAGCAGAAGAUGCUGGAGCAGCAGCUCCCUGAGCAGAUGUGGGACAUGUACCUGACCGCCGUGCCUGCUGACACCGAGGCACAGCUGGAACUGCCGGUCAACGGCCACAAACCCUCCACAGGAACUACGUACAUGGUGCAGAUGGACGAUGGAACAGAACACCAAGGAGAGGUUUACUGUUAAGAUGGAGUCCCUUCCCCUGUGCCCCAUUGGAACACUUUACAGCGCUGAUGUUCAAGAUUGAUUCUUGUUUCCAGGAUUUCAAUUUCUAAUACAGGAAUGUUUUGUUUUGUUGCCACACAUCAAAUACGGGUCCCGUGAGGCCAGAGCACAGAUUCUUUUUAUCCGGGAAUAAUGUAACAUGGUCGGCUUUGAUGCAACAUGCAUUUCAUCAAAUCUUUCCAUGCAAUUCUAUUUGUGGGAGGAAGAGAAGAGGGCUGCAAUUUCAUAGCCUUCACACUAAUCUGUAACAAGCUGCAGGAUGUGUAACCUGCUUCUGCUGCUGGGGCAUGGAUUAUUUAUGUUUUAACUUCAAAGAUAUUCUGCUUUUGGCCUUUUUUUAACUCAAGAUGCAUGGGAAUGUUGCUCAUGAGUUGUCCUCUGGGAUAAGACUUUGUCAAUUCAAAGUAUGGACAGAGGUUCUGAUAGGGAACAUAUUGCACUAUACAUCGUUGAUGGAUAAUUGGGUGGUUAACAUUUCUUGUGGGUCAAUUAAAAGUCAAACGACUACACAAACAUAAAACAAAUACAAAGAGAUGUAAAUAAUUUUUUUAAAAGACAAACAAAAAUACCUGAAACAAAUGCUAAGCGACAGCAGUAGCACCCAAAAUUACCGGAAAAACACAGAUGGCCAAAAAAAGCAAAACUACCAAAAAAUACACACAACCAAUCAUACAGAUAUGCAAAAAUAAAGCCGCAAAAACAUGCAAAACAACCACAAUGAGAAACAAAAUGACCACAAAGACACGCAUAUUACGAAAAAGACAUGCAAAACAGCAAGAAUACACACAACAUCUACAGAAGAUGCAGCAGCAGCUGUUUUGCACAAGAAGGCCUUUUAUCAUUGUCUCAUAUUCCAUACAUGUUAACUCCACUGAGCAGAGGGUUUUUAUGUCCACUGAAAGAAAAUCUGCUGUAUGCAGCGUGUGAGUGUUAUAAGCCUGGCUGUAAUUCAUGAUGCGGCUCACAUGGAGUGCAGAGGAUCAGACAAGGAUCGCUCAUUACGUAUUAAUGAUCUUUCCUAGGCAGCCAAAUGUACAUGCAAGGACAAAUGAAAAAAGGGUUUAUUGAUAUCAAAAGGCUUAUUAGUCACAUUUUUGAUGGUGCAUAUAUGAAUAAUUUGCCUGUGUGUUUUUUGUUUUUUUUUACAAUUUGUAUCCAUGCUUUAGAUCCGUUACUGUUCAAAAACUCUACUGUGUCCAAUUUUAAACAAAAAUGUGUUGCAUUUGCAUGCUGCUUAUUAAUGUAAUGCAGAUCUUUUAAUUUGACAUAAAUCUAUCAUUGACAUUUAAAUGGGAGGGAGCAUGAAGGAGUAAGACUGACAUCUAUUGGAAUAAAAGUAUAUGGUCUCUUGAGCAAACUUGCAAUAUGGAAGGUUUGUUUGUAUUUGACAGAAAUGCAUUUAUGUAUAAUUUGAUUAUAAAGUAUUGAAGAUGAAAAAAGUAAGGACCUAAAUUAUAAAAAUGCAUUCCUCAAAUAUAGCAGAUUAUUUAUUGUACUGAUUUACAUUUCUCCAUUGGUCUUGAUUUUCUUGCAU